AUGCAACUGGAUGAUAAUUUAUUGCAAGAAAUAGAAAACGGGAAAAGUUUGGUGUUUAAAGGGCAUCCAGACGAAAACGUUGUUUUGUGUACAGAAGACAAAACUUACGAUGUUAAGGAAGCAGAAACAUCCAACAGUCUUUUGUUAGUGCCAAAUUUAUUGUACGCGGCAUUGACAGGUGGAGAUGAAACGACAAACAACAAUUCAAUGGAAUGGGAGUCGGAUAAUUCCUUUGAUAAAUCCAAUAGUAGUUUAAAUAAAUCAAACGAUUCGGAUGAUGGAACAAGGGAGCCUAGGAAGAUAGAAUUUAAAGACAUUGCCAACACAUUUUUUACCUACUAUGAACUGAAGCCCUGUAAACCACGUUUAUCGAAAUUACGGAAACUUCUAGAACCCACCGCCUAUCAGGGCCCAGAGCUGGAGUAUGCUGUCAGUAAAGACAAGCUUCUUGAUUACGAUGCAAUAUUUGAGCAAGUGCAAGCGUCUCAGGCAGAACUGAACACAGAAUUCGACAAGAUCCAAGCAGUGAAUAUUGACGGGUACUAUCGUUUGCUUGAAUUUGAUUAUGAAUUUAGGGUUCUUUCGUACAUGCUAGACUUGAUAGAAGAGAAUUCUUGGCCUUUGAAUAGGAUAUCAAAAGAAAUCACUUUUGAAAGUUUAAAAGACUUAGUGCCUCGACCUGUUUUAGAGUCUCUAUUCAGAUAUUACACUACGGAAAUCCAUAAAGAGGACGGAAUCCAGUACUACCAAUACAAACAAGAUAAAGUCUGUAGGUUUUUAGCUCGGGUUUUAUUGAAGAGUGCGGGUAAAUUUAAUUUCGCCGAGUUCCUCCAAGCCUGGCGAGAUUCUGUUCCAGAAGGAAUGACAACGAAUGAAACCCUACUUUCGGGUAUAGCUCUCGUGGACAAAAGCAGCACCCCUCAGGUCGUCUGGGGCUUUUCCGAAAGUGAUCUUCCAGAUGACAUCAACGAAAGAUUCAAAAUCUUGUUCCAAACAAAGCCAAAGUGGACCGUAGAUGAAAUAUCACCAUACAUAGAGUCCUAUGCCACAGAGAAACUAAACGUCAACGCAUUGUUGACAAAAUACGCGCGCGCCUCAACCCAAGAUGGUGUUAGAGUAUUCUCGGCUAAGCAUAUGAAA